AUGGAGCGUCUGCAGCAGGAGCUAGCGGCGCUGCCAGGACUCGAGCAGUUGUCGGACUCGCAGCUGCGCGCUCUGCCGUGGCGCGUCAAGGAGCAGGCGCUGCUGGCGCUCUUCCGAGAGCAAGCGUCGUCCGCGGCGGUGGCGCAGGAGCUGCAGCGCCGCAGCAGGGACCGCCGACUGGAGCGCAGGGCCGACAAACUGCUGGACGACGGAGACGCAGCUGUGGCAAGGAGGAAGGAGGAGAGCUUCCGAGCUGAUUUCAUGCAGGCGGCGGCGGCGGAGCUGGCGCGCCUGGGGGCGCCGGCGCUCAUCUCGUGGCAGAAGCUUCUGUUCGACAACGAAUGCUGCUACCAGGCCUUCCGACUGCUGCUCACGCGCAUCAAGUCGUCAAAGAGGAGCGGGUGCAGUGGGGUGACCACCAACAGCUCGUCGCUGCUGGCUGCCAGGUACGCUGCGGGAGGCUCGAGACAGGGAGAAAGAGGUCGGCGUGACAGCCACGACAAUAACAACGAUGAGGAGGAGAACGACAAGGACGAGGGUGACGACAGCAGUAUUGCGGACGAGUCGUACGAUGGCUCGGAAGGACGGACAAGGUUCCCUCCAUUGAAGCCGAGUUACAGCUCCCUCCGUCGUGUGUCUACUACGCGGAAGAGGGAGAACAGCGCUGCGUCCCGCUCUACUUCUGGAGGGAAUUUAGACUGGAACUUUGACACGACAGUCGACACACCGCCGGAGGAAGACUCUACCGAUGCGCUCAGCGUGUGUGAGUCCACUGAGAAGCUGGUGCAGUCGACUCGAAGAACCACUCGCCACACUGUGGGGGCUGGCAUCUCGAUCGAGCGGACUGCGCCCACCAAGCAACCGUCUCACUUUGCCUCCAAGUUCAAAAAGAACCAGGUGCAGGCGCUGCGGGAGGAAAAUGCAGUGCUGACGAGUGAGAACGCCAAGUUGCGCGAGGAGAUCAAGCAGCUGGAGGCGCUGAACGCGGUGCUGCAGAGUGGCAAUUCCAACAACAGCCUGCUCGAAGAAGACCAUCCAGACUCGAUACAGUUCGCUCAGCGGCGGAUGAGGCUGUUCCAGGCGCAAAACCUGCAGCUCCAGCGUCAAAUUAGCCUCCUGCAAGACGCAGUGCAGGCCCAGGCGAACGCAGAGACGAAUCUUCUGUCCGCACUGAACCACUGGCGAGGCGUGAUCGAAGCUGGACGCGAAGAGGCGAAGGCUGCGGGGGCCGACCAGAAUGCGGCCGAUACUCCUGCCAAGUCCGAACAAACUGGGGCUCAGCAGCCCAUCAAAUGGAUGCUGGCUGUUCCAGACAAGCUCAUGGACGAGCUCCAGCGCGUGGAAGGACAGAUCCGAGGCGCUGCGAACGCCGCCAACGCUUGCUACGAGACGAAGCUUCGCGUGAGCAAGUUGUCGGCGUCGUUCUUACGCGACGGUGAUACGACGAUCAAGCUGAGUGAGAUCUACAGCCGAGAGCCGUCCAGUCUGGCUCACCUCCGUGUCGACAGGGUGAAGCAGCUCGAAGAAGCGCUGGCAAAUGUUGCAGCAGAGCUGGACCAACUGAGCGCGCAAGUCCUGGAACGGUUUGCUCCCAAGGCUUCAACUACUGACGCAGUUCGGUCGAACGCGUAUGAGCUCAGCAAACGCGUGCGAAAGUUGCUCCUCGAAGUCGGCGCCUUCGGUGCUGUUGUCUGUACUCCAGCGACAAGAGUAUCAGGUUCAGAGAGCUCUGCUGCUACGAAAGACGGUGAGUGGAUUACAGCGGUCGACAUCAUGAAGGCUCUGUCGUCAACGACUGGAGUGGCAAAGGGCCCAGGAGGGGCCAAGGAGCGCGAGAAGCAAGCAAAGGUGAUGCUGAAGCAGCUUCAUGCGAGAUACUCGGCCAUAGACAACAGCGCAGCGGUCUGCAAAAGAGAGGCAGAGUACUGGCGGACGGCCUGGCAAACCCAAGACGACUUGCUACAGCGGUUGGCCAAGCGGGUGCGUCACCUUGGCCAGAAGAAGGUGGAGUGGUGUCAGCACUAUCUACUGGCGCCUAUGACCAACUUGGCCGAAGUGUUUGCGUCGUUCCAGCAGUGCUACGACGAGAACAGUACGCGCCAGAAUCCGUACCUGCCGCUGCUGGUGGAGACUUUGAGCAUGGAGCACCCGAUGCUGCAGGAAGCACUGCACCAAUGGCAGGAGUAUACGCGCAGUGUUCAAGUGAAAAUGGAUGAAUUAGUGGCAGACUACGAGGCCAACCGACUUGUUCUCGCGUCUUCA